CUCGGUUUCACUCGUAAUUACACAAGACUUGUCCAAACUACUCCACAUGCAGCACUUUUCGUUGCCACGCCUCGCAUCUAAGCUCGCACCUCCGGCGUAAAUUUGCGCCAGGAGAUGGCGGCAGAGGGUGGUGGCGAUUCUGCCACGGAUGUGCAGUGGCACAGCUCGCCCACCGGUGAGCUGCUCGACAAGGGCGGAGAGAUCAUACUCACCAACAGGUGCGUCGCACACGGGAUGGAGAGAUCUAUGCCUUCCCUUCAUUUCUCUCUCUCUGUCGGUCAGUUCGCUGUACCUGAGCGACUUCGCUGCGGGCACCCUCACGCCCAUCACACCGGGCCCGCCUUCAUCCCUCGCCGAGCAGCCCAUCUUCACCGCACAAGCGGCGGCCCAGAAGGGCAUCAAAGCCAUCGCAGUGUUCGCCGGCAAUGGUGGCGGUGGUGGCGGUGACGAUGGCGACGGCGGCUCGUCACACCCGCUGGUGUGUGUGGGUGAUGGGAAGGGCGAGGUGUGGGUGCACCGAUACUCUGACGGCGUGUACAAGGCCGAGAGCCUCGUCUGCAGGUGGGUGGUGGGUGGUGGGUGGAUGGCCUGGAUGGGUGGAUGUGUUGUGUUGUGCUGUGCUGUCUUGUGUUGUCUUGUAUUGCGUUUCGUGUGACAGGACGGCUGGCGAGAUCCGCUAUGUGUCGUUUUGCGACCUGCAGGAGGGUGAGGAUGGCGUGAGGGGCCUCAAGGUCGGCUGCUGCGUGGACCUCGGCACCGUCAUUCUAUUCGACGUCAACACCAAGAAAAGAUUCGAAUGCGGGUGCGUGGGUGGGAGACAAUACUCGCCCGCGUGGGUGCGCGUAUGUGUGUGUGGAUGUAUGUGUAGGCCGGUGGAGGGUGCGUGUAGUUUGGCGGUUGACCCACGUGGCGAGUUCUUAGCUGUAGCAUCCGCCGACGGGCCGAUGGUCAUCUAUGAGAUCAGAAACUUCGCGGAGGACGUACGUGUGUGGGUUGGGUGGACGAGGGCCACAUUCCUGUGGAUAUGGGCGUGAGUGUAUGGUGUGGCGUGCAGGCUACGGGUGCGGAGGAUUUCUCGGGCAAGGACUACUUCCACAAGACAGCGGUCACUUGCACCAACCGACUCCUGAUGGCAUGGUCACCACACGUCACACACGCACACAACACACACAACACACACAACACACACAACACACACAUGCAUUGCCGGGUGUGGUGUGUGUGCAGGCACCCGAAGGCGGAUUUCCUGGUUGUGUCAGGUAUCUCCUACGCAAUGUGUACACACACACGGACGGGCGCAUUAUCUGUGUGGCAGGCGAGCGGUACCCCCGUCCGGUGACCCGCGACUCGUGGCUCAUCAGCGAAGACCUCCAAAAACACACCAAGCACACAGACGUACGCCUGCACAACAGCACGACACACAUGGGAAUGUGUACACACGGCUGCGGUGUGGUGUGUUGCACAGGCGGUGCAUUUCCUGUGCUGGGACGCCGAAGGGUCCAUUUUGGUGUCCGGCGGGGCGGACCACUCUGUCAUGAUAUGGCGGUGCGAAGCCGAGAACAACAUAUACCCCAUACACACAUUCCCAGGUCCGUGUCACAGACAGUCAUAGACACACGCCUAUAGCCAGGGUAUCUCUGUCUGUCUAUCUGUUUGUCUGUCUGUCUGCAUGUGGGCGUUCAGUUGGCGUGUCUGGCGGAUUCCAUUUGAUUAGUAUGUCGUGUGCCGAAGCCUUCACAGAUGCGGUCUGUCGGUAGAGAGACUGAGAAAGACCUACAAAUCAGUAACAAGUGCAGGUGGAUGUCUAUGGGUCACAUCGCUCAGGGCGGUGACGAGUUGCUGCAGGAGCGCAAGGCGCUCAGGAUCGGCCUGCUCAGACGAGACGGUUCGCGCACACAUUCAUGGUCCCCGCCAACACCCACCGCAUACGGAAACAAAAUGUCUGCAGGUACGUGGGCGCUGCCGUGUUUUUCCAAGUCCCUCCUCUACGAGGGCAAACCACCACAGGCAAACACGCACGAAUCACCACACAACGCACGCAAACCAUUCUGGCCGCAUACUCGUGUGUGUAUGUGUGCGUGUGUGUGUGUGUGGGCAGGAUAGUGAGGGUCGUGAGGACGGUGGCCGCAAGCAGGCCGGCGGUCUGGACGGACGCACCGGCGCCAAGGAGAAAGACCGCAGGUAACGUCCUCCAGUCUCCCCACCCACACAUCCCUCCCGUCUCUCUCAUUUGUGUGCUGAUGCCAUGCGUUCGGUGCAGUGUUGGGAAACUGAUCGACGAUGAAGCCAACGAAGCGGGCGACGAAGAGCCAGACGGCCCGCCCGUCGAUUUGGACUUCGACGACCUCGACAUGGCCGACCCGCCCCCGAUGGACGACACCAUGGCCGGCGGCGGGCUGGGGGCGUCGUCGACGAUGGCUGUAGAUGAGGACAAAGUCAAAAAGAUCGCCAUGGACGCCAUGUGGUAGGUGUCUGGGGGAAAGGUGCACCAAAAGGGUUCGUUGGAUGGAUGGAUGGGCUGAGCUUGUCAGGGAGACGGGUGCCCCGCAGGAGGCCUUCAUGCCGUGCUCAACGUUGUUCGAAGACGACCUGAGUGAGCGAGCGGGCGCACAUGCGCUCACAAAUGUCUCUCUCACUCUGUGUGUGUGUGUGUGUGUGUGUGCAGGCGGUCUGAAGGACGACGCGGACGCCGACCAGAUGGCCGUCGAUGGCGACAGACGCAGAAGGUGCAUCCACACACUGGUGCAGUUGAGGCAUCCCCACAUGUCUCUCCCCACCCCUCUCUCAGUCGUUUUCUCUGUUGGAAUUCCUUUGGGUGGAUUGUGUUGCGUGAGGGAGGCGGCGAUGCCCAUGACGACGGACACAUCAUCGAAAUGAGAUUCACGGUGAGCAUGGGGCAACACGUGUGUGAUGUGUGUGGUGGUAAUAAUCCGUGGAUGCGUGUGUGUGUGGAUGUGUGCAGUUCAUGGGUGGCGAGGCCAAGACCAAGAUCAAACACGACCCAGACAGAGAGUACUCCCUCGCAUCCAUCAGUACACAAACACACACACGCAGAGAGAGAGAGAGAGAAAGAGUCCACACCCGUGUGCAUGCCUCUGAAGUGGCCCGUGUCCGUGAUAUGUAUGCAGGUGAGCGUGGUGCGGUGUUUGCCAAGGUUGGGGUGGUGGACCCCUUCGGCGAGCCCGACGCCAACAGAGCCAAAAUAGAGUUCUAGUAAGCACAGCCCGUCCAACACGCAUCCCACCGCCACACACACGGCCGUGUGUGUCUGCGUUUGUGUGUGUGUGGCAGCCCAUAUCAGACGUGGCAGUCCGACACCCACUUCCGUCAGAACUGGACAUACGCCCUCAGCAACGACGAACAGAUAGACAACGUGGCCGUAGGUGGCGAGUUCGUCGCCGCCAUGACAAACAUGAGGUAAUCCAGCUGAGCGAGCCCCCUGCACACACGGCCAUUUGUGUGCUGGUGGAUGUGUGUGUGACAGGUACCUGCGCCUGUUUGAUGCGAGCGGCGUGCAGCUGAGCGUGACGUGUCUGGACGGGCCCUGCGUGUCGUCGGCGGCGUUCGACUCGCUGCUCAUGGUCGUCACGCACGCACAGGGGAGCGCAUACACGCGGACAAACGAACAGGUGCGUGUUGUGAUCCAUGCAUCCACGUGAACACACACCAGCUGGUGUGGCCUGCCUGGUCGUGUGUGCAGUGUCUCGCAUUCACUCUGUACGACAUCAAGAGCUCUCACAUCGUGUCGAAAGGUACGAAUACGCACUCCCACACGAACACAUCAUCUGUGUGCUCGCUAUUCACCCACACCACCCACAGGUCCGGUGUCUCUCUCCCCCGGCAGCCAGCUGUCAUGGAUCGCAUUCAGUGAGACCGCCGUGCCUCUUACCAUGGACACACUAGGUAAUGCCCCCUCCCCCCCUUCCCACAUAUCUUCGAUACUCACGUGUGCGUGUGCGUGUGUGUGCUGCGUGUGGCGUGUAGGCAUCGUGCGGGCGUUGCUGCCGUGUUGGUCCGCCCCUGGUGGCAGAAUGGACUUCAGCUGGGCGCCGGUACUCGACUACCGCGCCGAGGGUAUACACACACAGAGGCCGAGAGGGGAAGAGAGAGAGAAUGAAAUGCCGGCUGGGUGUGUGUGUGUUCAGGUCAGGGGAUGACCAUCAAGGAGGAUGACCCCUGCCAGUGGUGGCCCGUGCAGGCAACGGGAGACGAAGUGAGCACUGCUCAACCCGCCCACAUGCAUUGCAUCAUCCGCAUUCAUCGAUGUGUAUGGAUGUCAGGUGUUUGCUGUCCACCCGCCGAGGGGCGUGGCCCGCCCAUACCCCCGGCACCCCCUCCCAGGCAACGCCACCGUGCCACGCAAACUCGCCAUGCCCUUCUGCGGCAUGACCAAACAGAGACCCGGCGGCGUGCAGGUCCAGACAUACCGAUUCACACACAUCCACAAGCGGCGCACAUGUGUGUCGUACUUGGCUGGUGUGUGUCUGAAGCAGCGUCAAGCGAAGGACAUGUCGCUGGGUGACACAGAGGAGCUCCGAUACCGAACGUCACUCAUGCAGUCACUGCUGGCAUACGGUACGCUCCGCCCGCCAAAGCUCCAAGUUGACCGAUUCUCCUUCUUUCUGUGCCUACACAUUCCCGCAGGUAGCAACUUCAGCAUCCCGUCGUUCGUGUGCGACCUCUCCGGUGCGUGUGCCGCCGUCGAGAAGGGCAAGGAGUCCCUCGCUGUCACCUUCGCCACACCCCUCGUGGAGCGACGCCUCAACGCAGAGAUCAACGCACAGCAGGUACGUACGCCUGCACGGAUGGCAUGGUAUGGUUGUGGGUGGAUGGAUGGAGGGCUGUAUCAGAGUUUGGGUCGGCUGAUGUCGAUGGCCCGAGUGAGGGCUGCCCAGGAGGUCAGGCUCUUCAAGGCGUGCGUCGACACACAACAGGUGCGUUGCAUGAAGCCCGACACACACGCACCCCGUGUUAACACAUGGUCUCUCCAUGAAUGCAGCUGGAGCGUGCCUUAGCCGUGUACAAGAGGAUGGACCCCGCUGGCCAGGCCAUCGCACCCGCAACCAAAUACGCCCUCAGCACGCCCAGGCGAGCACCGAGCGGAUGGAUGGAUGGAUCCAUACAUACAUACAUACACAUAUGCACCUUCUCGCCCACAUGUGAAUGAGUGCGUGUCUGUGUGUGUACAGUGCGUCCCAGCUGGCCCGCGAGAUCCGCAAGUACAACGAGGCGCGGGAGGAGCAGAUCGCCAAGAUCGCCUCCUCAAUCACACAGCAGCAGCCAACACCACUCAUAUCACCGCCACAGGAAACAGCAGCGGCCGCUGCUGCUCCUGGUGGUGGUGGUGGUGCCGGAGGGGGCACAUUCAAAUCCGAGAUCAACUCACAAGUAACGACCCCCCUUGCACAUACACAGAGGGGGCAGUCAUGUCUCUGUGUGUGUGUAUGUGUGCAGGCCAGUAGUGGCGCUGCUGGUAGGGGCGAGCAGCAGCAGCCCGCAGAUGGCCGUCCAAAUCCGUUCAAGCGCAAGCAGGAUGGCACUGCUGGUGGGAAUGAUAGCAGAAGAGGCGGGGGAGGGGGAGGGGGAGGGAGAGGGGGCGGCCUAGGGGCGGCCAAGAAGGGACGGUUCUGA